CUUGCUGCUCGUCGCAUAAGAAUACAAAAACGGCUGGAGCAUUUGAAAAGCGACGCUCAUUCUGAGGAAAGCAAUGCAAGCAAAGACGAAAUUGGGUUAGGGAAAUCUCAGAUCGAACUGAGCAGCAAAAAGAUAUCCAAACUUAUCCGUGAUGGAGAAACGUUCAUUACUAAUGUUCGUGUUGCAUGUGAUGCCAGAGAAUAUCUGAAAAGAGCGGAAGAUUAUGAACUUAAUCAAAACAGAAUUCGCGUUUUAGAAGAUGAAGCAACGAGAAGCCUGGAAGAAUUCAAUAAAAUAACUGAACAAUGGGACAUGGCACAAGGAAGCGAAUUAUUAGAUGAAACGAAAGAGAUAUUAGACAAACAAAACACAUUGUGUAAAAGCUUGAUAGCUGAGAAAAACAAUUUGAUUAACGAAUUGAAUUCGGAAAUUAAAGCUAAAGAUGAACAUUAUGUAAGAGAAUUGAAGAAACGUACAGAAGAUAUUGAUUUAUUAGCUGAACGAAUGGAAUCACAAAUUAAAGUUAUGCAAAGAACUUAUCGGGAUGAAAUCACUGCUAUUGAAAAUGCGUUUUUAGAUCAGAGGGAAAAAUUGAUUGCCGAACAAAAUGAAGAAUGGGAAUUGCUUAUGCAUGAAAUCAAACAGAAACAAAUUAAUUAUUUAAAACAAACUGAAGAACAAGCAAUUGAAAAUGAGAAAGAAUUUUAUGAUUUACGUACUAAAUAUUCUGAAGAGUUUAAUGAAUUAAAACUAACAUUGGAUGCUGAAGUUGAAACAUUCGAAAAUCAAUUGCAAAAAUUAAAACCUAUCCAUCAUUUAAAUAUUGAAAAAUUAAAUUAUAAUUAUGAAAUUUUAAAACGACGCGAUGAAGAGAAUACCAUAUUGAAAUCCAAUCAAAAACGUAGAAUAACACGUCUACAAAGUAGACUAAAUAAUUUACGCAGAAAAUCAACUAAACAAGAACAACAAUUUAGUGCAGAAAAUGAACAAAUAUCGAAAGAUUAUAAAGGAAGAAUGGAAAAUUAUAGUGAUAUACAAAAGAAGUUCAAAUCGAUGAUAGGGAGUGUACAGAAAAGUUUUCAUGAUAUAUGGAUAAUGAAUGAACAGAAUUUGAAGAAAUUAUCUCAUCGUCUGCUGGAAGCACAUCGAGUCAUUACUGAACAACAACUUGGCUUAACAUGGAAUCCACCAGAUGUAUCAUUCAUGGAAAAUGUGGGUCCAUUAAAACAAGCCACCAGUAAACCUCCAGCUGUAAUUGCAAUGGAAUUAGCUUUACAACCUGAUCAGAAACCAAUUUUAAAUUCACAGAAUGAAAUCUUAGAGAAUAAUAAUACAACAAUACCUACGAGAUUGAGAGAUGUUGCGCCAAAAACUGUACUAGAAUUUUUACACUUACUAUGUUAUGAGCCUGAAUUUUUAAUUGAUAAAGAUAUGAAAUCUAUAUUGGAAUCGUUAGGAUAUGAAGAACAAUUACUUUUACGUUUAGAUACAAUAUUAAAUGCUUUAGGUGUACAAAAUGAAGAAGAUUUAAAUUUGUUAUUUACAUAUUUUAUUCAACAAUCAAAAGAUGAUGAAUCUCAACUACAACGUCUACCUUUAAAAAGUGAAUCUAUUGAGAAAUCUUCGUCAAAUUAUACCUGCUUACAGAGUUUACAGAAAUUAUCUGAUAAAUUAAUGAAAACUGUUAAAUUUGAACCAGAUGAAGGCGAUAAGGUUCAACCAACUAUUGAUAAAAAGUGUUCAAUAAAAACUGAACAUGUAACUGAUCAGUCAGAUGAUGAAUCAAAAACUGAUGAAUCCUCCAUUUCACAUGAACCGCCAAAAAAAUAUACAUUACAAUGGAAUUUAAUAUCACCUAAUCAUGUAAUUGAAGCAAUCUAUGAAUUUACUGAAGAUUUACGUCAACAACGUCAAUCUUCCAAUGAUCAUGAUACUGACAGCGUAAAAAACUCGAAAGAACCUGAUAUUAUUCCAUUAAAAGAUAAAUUAAAAAAUAAUUUACAAUCUAUUAAAACAAAUGAAUCAUGUUCAUUGAAUAAAAAAGAAACAAAACAACCAUUUGAUUUAAAUAAAAUUGAUAUAUUUUUUGAGGAUAGUAUUCGUGAUGAUUCACAAGAUUUAGCUUAUUGGAAUAAAUAUCAGUAA